AUGCACCCCCUUACAACAUUCCUCCUCCUCACCUCCUCAAUCAUCAUAUCAGCACAAGACACCACCACAACAGGAGGCACAACAAGCGCAACAUCGAAAUGCGCCGCGCAGGAUGUCGUCAACCAAUGCAUCUUAACAGAAAACUUCACCCUCGAAAGCUGCGCGCCAGCAGACUGGGACUGUUUAUGCGCCGGUAGCAAGAAUGUCGUCGACUGCUACAAUAACUGCCCCGACCACCCCAACCGCGCCAGCGCCCAACAAGUCCGCGCGCAGAACUGCGAGAAUGCGCGCGUGUAUGGGAGUGCGACUUCUGUGCCUUCGUCGACGACUACUAUUAGUAGUACUUCGUCCUCUGUGGAGCCCACGGCUACCUCUUCUAAGGACGAGGAUGAGGUAGAUGGGCAUAAUGAGGGUAUUGUGCAGGGUCGGCCGACGCAGUCUCUUAGUGGGCUUGAGGCGAAUAAUGACUCGGAGGAUUCUAGGACUUCGCGUGGGGUGAGGGUUGGUCCGGGGUGGGUGGGGGUUUUGGGGAUUGUUGUGGGCUUUUUGAUUUGA